ACACGAACAGCAAACGUCAGAGAGAAUCGAUGUUUUACUUCUGACACAGGAAGACAGACGGAAUGCCUAACACUUCAACACCGCGCCUAUCUGAAGGUGAAGAAAGCAUUUAACGCUAAAUCAUAUUCUAUCUGUAUUCUUAAUGAUACUGGCCGUGUAACGAGUAACGCGCAAACUUCUGACCUUAUAUUGGAAAGUCAAAAGUUUCUACACAGGUCCGGACGCGCUGUAUUUUAGCUCAUUGGAUAAAUCAAAAUGAAGUUUAAGAACUCUAGAUAAAUAAAUAUUUAAUUCGUCGGUUCAUUAAAUGACAAUAGGAUUAAGAUUGACUUGGAUUGGCUUUAGAUGACAGUUGUGUCUCUGGGGAGCCAUUGGUCGAUUACACAGAUCGAGUCAUUGUCGGCCAUGUACAGCCGUGUCCUCCAGUGUAUCAGGGAAUGGAUUUAAUGGCGGUCCUUGUUUCUGGGAUAAUAGUCAGUCUUCUGGGAUUUGUAACAAGCAGACAUGAACCCGCGGAGAAAAAGCUUCACGAGCACCUGCUGGGUAAAAAGUACAGCAAGCUGAUACGACCUACAGGAAACAACUCUGUCCAACUCACUGUCAAACUAGGCAUGCGCCUGUCACAGCUACUGGAUGUGGAUGAAAAAAAUCAGAUAAUGACCACCAGCGUUUGGCUCAGGCAGGAAUGGUUAGACCUGAGACUGAGGUGGGAUCCUCAAUCUUACGGAGGGAUAUCCAUGACGCACAUUCCCUCGGACUCUCUGUGGCGCCCAGACAUUAUCAUCUACAACAAUGCUGAUGGUGACUUCGUGGUAACUUUACAGACCAAAGCAACGGUGUACCAUACCGGUAAAAUCAUAUGGGAGCCUCCCGUGAUCUAUAAGACAUACUGUCCUAUUGACGUGGAGUACUUUCCAUUUGACAUGCAGGAGUGUUUCAUGAAAUUCGGGUCCUGGACAUAUGAUGGACAUGAAGUGGACCUCCAACAUCUCUGUGACUCUCAGGCCGUGUUCUAUGAGGACACAAAAGAGAAAGUAAUAGACCGAGGUAUUGACCUCAAGGACUUCUACCAGAACGUAGAGUGGGACAUUAUCAAUGUGACAGCUCGCCGUAAGGAAAAGUUUUACCCCUGCUGUCCUGAGCCUUAUCCAGAUAUCACAUUCAACAUCACACUUCGCCGCCGGACCUUGUUCUACUCCUUGAAUCUGAUCAUGCCUUGUUUAUCCAUUUCAUGCCUGACUGUGUUGGUAUUCUACCUGCCAUCUGACAGUGGGGAGAAGAUCACCCUCUCCAUCUCCAUACUUCUGGCUCUCACUGUGUUCUUCCUGCUUCUCUCAGACAUAAAUCCUCCCACUUCCUUUGUUAUACCACUGAUUGGGAAGUACCUGUUGUUUACAAUGAUAGUUGUGACAAUGUCAAUCUUUCUUGCAGUCUACACUUUAGGGAUACACUUUAGAAAACCAUCAACUCAUAGUAUGAACCCAUGGGUAAAGAGAGUGUUCACAGAAAUUCUUCCUCGAAUACUGUUAAUGAAGAGACCAGAUUUGCACAGGAAGCCAAAAGUAAAUAAGCGCACUCCUAAUGGAAUAGAACUCAAACAAACAGCAGAAAAGAGCAACUCAAGCGACAGUUUGCUCAACUCCCCUGAUGGAUUGCGCUGCAGGCACUUUUCUGGAGGGUCAGAAGAAAUGAGGAGGUACCCUUUGGAAGUCAGGGAAGCCCUGUCUGGAGUUAAAUUUGUGGCUGACCAUAUGAGGAGCACAGAUGAGGAUAACAUGGAAGAAAGGGACUGGAAGUAUGUUGCCAUGGUGAUGGAUAGGCUAUUUUUAUACAUUUUCACAACAGCAUGUAUUUGUGGAACCCUGAGCAUUUUCCUGUAUGCUCCAUCUCUCUACGAUCCAAGGGAACCUCUAAAAACGGACGAAGUCACAGACUGUACAUACUGAAAAGUGUCUACAUCUCAAUUAAUCAAAGACUGUCCUUAUUCUUAUAUCUUAAAUAGUCAGAGUAACUGACAGUCCUUAUUCUUAUUGAAAAAUUUCUACAUCUCGAAAAGUCAGACUAUUGUAAAGUGUCUACAAGUCUUAAAUAAGUGUCUUAAAUAGUCAGAUUAACAGACUGUGUUUGAUGAAAUGUGUCUUAAAUUGAAUUUUCUAAAAAAGGUCAAUGUCACAUCUGAGGUCACGGGAGACCAGACAUUAAGAUGUCAAUGUCUCAAAUAGGACACAUUCAAAGAUUACUCACCAUAUCAAUGUUCUAUAUUGUCACUU